GAAUAACAGUUUCUACGAUUCACCCAGGGGAUCCCAACCGUCGGAAGAUCUUCACAAACCUGUAACACAAAGAAGAAGCGGGAAUAAUCAUUUAUGUUUUUUCCAAAAAUUUCAAACUAAAAAUACACUUAAAAAACCCUUCAAAUUCAAGCUUCAAACUUUUAGAAAUUAAAUUCUUCCUCGAAAUCACAACGAUCUUUAGUUCCCACUUCAAAAUUUUCCCUUAAAUAUGAUGAAAUGAUCUGCUGAAUUUUGUUAUCCGUUCAAAUUUGAGUAUUUUCUUUGACUAAAAAUAUGGAUUUCCAUGGGUUGAAGAGGAAAAAACUUCAAACACUCUGCAAGAAACAUGGGAUUCCCGCAAACUUGAAGAAUAUUGAAAUGGCUAACCGUUUAGCUUUGCUUCUUAAGGAUGAACAACCCAAGAAGAGGGGGAGAUCUCGUGAGAAGAAUAUUGGUGAAGAAGACAUGCUGCUGUCACCAUGCGUUGAGAAGAAUGCGAAAAGGAAUAGGAAGAGUCAUCAAAUGGAGGGACGAGAAGUCAUGGGUGGAGGUGAAGUUGUAGUUGAGGGUUUAAUGGAGGAAAUUGAUAGGGAUGAAAUGAUCUCCGAAGGCAAUGGUUUAAACAGGAGAGUAACUAACAUUGAUGUUGAUGUUGAUGUUGAUGAUGGCUUUAGUUCUGAAGUUGUAGGGAGGUCUAGUAGACAAGUAGGAAUGUGCAUAGUUGAUUCUUCAGUGAAUGAGCAAGCACUAGAUGAUCUCAAAGUGCACGAACUGGACGUUGCGUGUGUAAAUGAAUCGGAGGUGACAGAGAAACCUGCUACUGUUGGCACUGAUUUCUUCCAAGACAAGGAGACUAUAUCAGGCGUUUCUGCUCCACCCGGAAGCCUUUCAGAUAGCAGGGAUCAUCAAGUAAACGAGAAAUGUCAUGCAGCUGUAGACACCAUGCAGCUAGAGGGCUGUCAAGAAGAAACAGACAUUAUACACAAGGCGCUUGAAGAUGCUGUAGCAGCUAUUCAGACCCCUGUAAACAAUGAAAGUUCAAUGUUGCAAAACAGUGGCAAUGAUGAAGUCGAAAGUUCUCCAAUUUUGUUUUUUGCAGCUGACAAGACAUUUUAUGAAAAAUCUGUGUCUGAACCAACCAAUGAUUUAGCUAUCAUGGCUGCUAAGGAUGCUGAAGACACAAAUGAUGAUGUUAAUCUCCAGCCGGAGGCGGAGAACAGCGUGAAUGAUUUACAAGUUCAAGAUGGUGAACCUGCAGAGAAAUCAAAUUUGGAGAAUGUAACAUCAAGUGAUGGCUUCAAAAGUAUCAGCAAUGAAAUUUCUGAGAGUGAACUGUUUAAAGAGAUAGUGUCUCCUGUGAGCGAGCUAGAUUCACACCUCAUAGAUGAAGAAACAAGUGUUGAUCUGAAAAGAAACUCUUGCAGUGUUCCUGUCGAGCCAAUGGAAAACCCAUUGCCAAAAGUUUCCCAUGCCCAAGACUCCAGCCCUUUCACCGCACAAGAGCAAACAGAUCGAUUUGAAUUUGACAGUUUUACUAUACAAGCAUUCAAGUCUGCAGAUUCAGUUGAAAAGGAAGUGGUAGCUAUGUCUCAAGAAACAGGAUGUGUCGAGGAAGCAGAAGGUGUGAGCAUUUGUGGAAUUGAGAGUCCAAAAUCCAAUAUUCUCAAUGAUCUUGAUGAAGCUCUUGGACAAGCAUUUAGCCAACAAACUUCAUCCGAGGGCUCAGUCAAGAAGGAAUUUGAAAACAUUACUCAAGUAGCAGGAUAUUUUGAGGAAGAAAAAGGAGAAGGUGCAAACAGUGGUGAAAAGGAGAGUCCUGAAAGUAAUAAUGAAAUGGAAUUUGGUGAAGCUGUUGAAAGAACACUUGCUGUGCAGAGCAGUUUGCUGAUAGAUGCAUCAGAGGAAGGCGGGUGUGAUGGUGGGAAUGAAAUAGUGGAUGUGUCCUCGAUGGUGGCUAUCAACCCAGUGUUCAGUGUUGAGAAGGGGAAUGACUCUGACAGUUGUAGUGGCCAUCUUGAAAUGGCUGCUAAAAUGGGUAGCCUGAAAAGAAACUCUGGUAAAUUUUCAUGGAGUGAUGCAGCUUCAAGGUUGAACAAAGAAGGUGAACUCAUGCUUUUCACGGAUGACCAAGAUAAUAAAGUACAACAAACUAAUGAUCAAGAGCAUGUGGAUGAUCAUAUGGAUCUUAAACAUAAAGAUGCUUGCAUAACUGAAAACGAUCAUAUAGCAUUGGAGGGGUCUGGCAAUAUAGAAAGAUCUUGUAGCAUCUCUGUGAUAAAUUCUGCUCCAGCACACAUUGUCCACAGAGAAAGCGGAAGUCCAGGUUACUCUGUGAAGGGAGAAGCAUGUGUUUUUUCCUUUUUCACCGCCAUUGAUUAAUGCAACAAGUUCGGAGUCUCUGAUUGGUAUGCAUGGCAUUCUUGAAAGUACCAGCAGCCAAAGGUUUGUUGAUAUUUCUGGUGUACAUGAGAUGGCAGAGGAAGUACCAAGUGAUCAUAUAAUUCCACUGCUCAAUCAAGAAGUGGGUGACGGGUAUUGUAAAGGGAAUUCUGGCCCCACAAUUGAAGAUGGUCACAAUGAUAUCGCCCAUGUCGGGAGAGUAUCAAAUCCUCCUUCCAUUAUCUCUGACAAUAAAGGAGACAUAUAAUCCAGAACAUGGUAAAUUGGAUGAAAAGGGAAUUCAGAGGGAUGAAUCUGCAUGUCAACCAGGCACGAAAACAACCACCUUGGGUGAGUAUCCUCCUAUCUCUGAAAAUAAAGGAGAAAAUGUUUCAGAAGUUGAAUGUGCAAUUCGAGACAGCCAAUUCAGUUGAAGAAGAUGGUAAAGUGGAUGAAAAGAGAAUUGACAACAAAGAAGAUGCUGAAUCCUCGUCGUUUAAUGUUUUUGAGAAUUUCACUGAUCAGCCUUUGAUACCUUCCUAUCAGCAAAUGUAUCCCAUAGAAUCUUCAUGUCAACCAGGCACGAACACAAGCACCUUACUAGAAACAGAAGCAAUGAAAUCCAAAAUUGAAUCUUGUCUAUUCAGCGAGUCAGAGAUUGACUUGUUAUGGGGAGAGAUUGAAAAUGACGAAGUCAAAGAGCUCGAAAGAGAAGCUUCAGAUGUGAUAUUUACUGUGAGUACAGUAGAAAUUGACACAGUAAGCACACACGAGCCUGCUAUUGAAGAUGAUAGGGAUUUGGUGGAGCAGACACUUGAGGAAGGCAAAGAGACAGAAGAAAGAGGCGAUAGUGUUGGUGAUGAGCAGAAUUGCAUGAAUUCUAAGGAAGAUGAGAGUUCAAUAAUCAGGAAAAAUAACACCAGAAGCAUAUUGAUCCAUGGAACUCCCCAAAGGGUAGCCCCUUUAAUAGAUGAUAUGAAGGAGAAUGCAGUAGCUCGAUCAAAAAAGGCUGCAAUUGGUUGGUGCAACAGCUUUUAAACCUCUAAGGACGGCUUUGGAAGACAUCAGCAAGUAGUUUCAGAUGUCCUGCAUUGCAUGCUACCAAGGUUUUAGAGAGUGGCAUGUAUAAUGAUCAGACCUCUUUGGAUAAUACUUUUGCAUAUCUCAUGCUUAUGAUGAUAUAAUCUGUGAAUGGAAUCUAGUUAGUUUUAUCAGCUGACUGUUUGGGAUGGGAUGAAGAAUAUACUAAUCAGAUGAUCCAUGUUAAAACUCAUUGUGGGUUUCUGGGUUGUGGUUUUUGCUCUCAAAUUUGAACUUCAUCAACUGCAGUUGCCAUGAAAAACAAUACUGGCAACAUAUUUUCAUCUUUAUAUGCUGUAUGAAAGCAUUCUUCUUUGAACUGCGUAGUAUAUAAGUAUCACAAGUUAUAUAUUAUUGCUAA